AUGUCUUCCGUCACACUGCUUGUAAUUUUUCUUGAUUCUAUCCUCAUGGUUUUUUUUAAAAUCUGCAUCAAAGUACUUUCCACCAAAGCAAAGAGUCUACAAGUUAAUAAUACCACCACUAGCGCCGAAUUGACCAACCUUCUGUUUACUAUGACAGAUAACCUCCGGUUAUAUGCUGGACUAGCGUUUAUUUUCUUUUGUGCGUUCUCUUUUAUCUCGUUAUUCUUCGUAACAGCUUCAAUCAUAGGAUCUGCAGUAACGUACUGCAGAAAAGACUUAUCUACCAAGGAACUUCUAUUACGGGCAGUGAAAUCGAUGAAGAGAACGGUUGUCAGUUGGUUAUACAUAAAGCUGCUUGAUCUAGGCUAUUGUCUUCUAGUAGCACUUCUGCUUCUUUUACUAGUGCUGAUUUUCAAUAUUACAUUCACUAUACUGGCUUUCUCUAUGAUCUUAUUGGUUGUAGCUCUAUUUUUCCGAACUUAUCUAGAUGUUGUCUGGAGUUUAGCCCUCGUUGUUUCGGUACUGGAAGACAUAUGUGGCAUUGAGGCUCUUGGAAAAGCUGCACGCCUUGUCAAGGGAUCAAAGCUACGUGGGUUUUUUCUGAAUCUUUUUGUAGCAUUCUCUAUGUCUAUGUUCAGUGGUUUGGUGACGAUUGGGACUGUAGCCUUUCCAGAGAAUGCAAGAAUGGUUCCAUCUCUCUUCUCAUAUUCUAUAACCUGCCUGAUCACCAUGUUUUUAUACAUGUCAUACACAGUCCUCUACUAUGAGUGCAAGAAGACUCAUGGAGAAGAGGUUGAAAGGAAACCAAGCACGGAAUAUACUAAAGUGGCCUUUACCGAGUCCACUCCACUUCUCUGUGCAGAUGCACCAUGA